CAACAGAUCAGCAGAGAGAGAGAGAGAGAGAGAGGAAUAAACACCAUAAAAACCAGUUAAUCAGAUAUUAAUCACCUGUACAGAUUUUGUAUUUGAAGGACAGACAGAAGGAAAGGAUCUGAAGAUGAUCAGUAAGAUCUUCUCGCAGCUCCUGGGCGGGGCUGAGGGCGGAGCUGAUGUGAGGGUGGAGAGGGAGGGCUGUGAGGAGCUGGUGGAGUUGGAAGAUGGAGAAUGGGUCAUCAUUAACCUUCAUGAGAACCGUUCUGUAGACCGCAUUAGAGAAGAUCCUCUGGAGAACCUGCUGAUCGAGCACCCGAGCAUGUCCGUGUACCAGAUGUGCCGCGGCAGAACCGAGGGAGAGGAGGAGGAGGAGGCUUCAGACGAGGAUGAAGAAGACUCUUCUAGGCCCGUGCCAGUCCGGCAUCACGUGUCGUGGCGUUUGGCCGCCUGGGGCACCCCCCUGCCCGUCCUGCUCUCGGUGCAGCGGGCCAGAGCUCACGCAGACGGCAGGAAACUGACCCGCGGCGCCCUCCACAGGCAGAACCUCACCAACACACGCUUCUCUCCGGCUGACCGUCGCUACGGCCAGUUUAAACAGCCCACUCAGCGCCUCUACAACUACUGAAACCUCACCCGCCUGGCACUGCUCAAUACACUGACCUCAGACUGACCAUGCAACAGACUGACCAUGCAACAGGCUGACCACGCAACAGACCAACAACGCAACAGACCGACCACGCAACAGACCGACCACGCAACAGACCGACCACGCAACAGACCGACCACGCAACAGACCGACCACGCAACAGACCGACCACGCAACAGACCGACCACCGAACAGACUGACCACGCAACAGACUGACCACGCAACAGACUGACCACAGAACAGACUGACCAUGCAACAGACUGAUCACGCAACAGACUGAACACGGAACAGCAUUAUGGGACUGAAUUUCCCCAAAGAAUCUCAAAUUAUAACAAAGAUGACUUUUAAAUGGUCGAGCGAUCAUCACACUGAACACACUCCUCCCUCUCUCUUUUUAUUAUUUAACCCCUUAACAGAGAAAAAAAAACUAUUUCUCUGCAGUAAAAUAAUUUAUUUAAUCUCUGAAAACUCUGAGACUUCAGAGACUCCUGACUGUUCUCUCUCUUCUUCACUUAAUCAUUUCAGAUCAACCAAAACAGGAAUCACCACUAAAUGUUUAAGAUAAAAAAAAAAACUAGGAAACCGUAAUGAAACUAAAGUUUGGAGGACAUGAAAUGUUUAAUAUACAUUCAUUAAAAUACUGAUUUUAAAAUUAUUCAGGAAAGUUCAGGAAAUAUUUUUAUAUUAAUUAGAUUUUAAAAGCUGCAAUUUUUUUUUCAAAUUUAAAAUAUUUUCAAUUGAAAUUACAGUUUUACAGUUUUCAGUAACAAUUCUUAUCAAACAUGAAAUCUUUCUGUGUAAUGCUCCAUUAUUUGCUCCAUUAUAUGCUCCAUUAUAUUGAGAUGUUUUGGGGAAACUGAGUCCUGGUUACUUCAGGUUUGGUGAAGCUCAGGCUGCACAAUGUAUCUGCGAUCAGUCAGUAUCACAGUUUUGGCUUAGAGUUUUAAUUUUUUUGUUAAAGCUGUUUUUAAGUGUUAUUAAUUAUUUUUGUUUUAAAUUUACUAUAAUAAAUAUGAGAUGUACCAUAUAUAAUAUGGUAUAUAGAUCUGCACAAUGCAGAUUGUACACCCAUGCCAUUUUCGUUAAAAAAACUGUGUUAAACAUUAGCAAAUCCCUCAUUUCUCAGAUGAAAACGGAUGCAGUUAUAGGUCGAAUGUUAUCGGACGUAUGAUAUAGGUCAAAUGUGUUUGGAGGUAUGUUUUAGAACUUACAGUGGAACAGAGUGUGUGUUUGUGGUUCUUUUUUUAGCGUAGCCGUGACUAGCGUGCUGGAGUUACAGUGAUAGUACAGUAGGACGUGUUUACUCUGAAACUGAAGCAUGGUGGAGUUAUUUACUGAGUUGAUCUGGGGAAGCGGGGCAAUCUUGUGAUUUUGUGCCAAUUCAGACGCUGAACCUGUGCAGACCUGUCUGCGUUUUUAUUUGUAGCUUUAAAAACCUUGUAAAUAUUACUGAACUUCCAGUUGUUUUGUAACCGAGAACAUAUUUGAUAAAAAUAUUUUAAAAAAAAAGGAAAUAAACAUGUUUUUUGCUAA